AUGAGCGUCCGCAAACUGCUGUGGCAGCUGUGCGUGGCGGCGGCGCUUGGCCUGCUAGCCACGCAAGCCACGCCCGCCGCCGCCGCCGCCGCCGCCGCCCUGCGACCAGGUGGCGGCUCCGCGCGGCCACGACUGCGACGACUCGGACGGCACGCGGCCAUUCCCGGCCUCGUAGACCAGGCCCGCCCCCCCUCGGUCAGCGCCGCCGCCCAUCCCAGCAUCAAGGCAUACAAUCUGUCCGUGCCCGUCGACCACUUUCACAACGAAACCAAGUACGCGCCGCACUCGGACGCCUUCUUCAACCUCCGCUACUGGGUCGACGCCACCCACUACAAGGACGGUGGCCCCGUCAUAAUCCUGCACUCGGGCGAGGCCGACGGCAACGAGCGCAUGCCCUUCCUCGAGCACGGCAUCGUUCCGCUGCUCGCAAGGGCCACGGGCGGCGUCGGCGUCGUCCUGGAGCAUCGCUACUACGGCACCAGCCUGCCUCUGCCCCUGGAUGAGGCCGCCACCGAGGGCUACCGCUUCCUCACCACCGACCAGGCCAUGGCUGACACGGCGUACUUUUCCAACAACUUCCGCAUCCCCGGCCUGCGCCAUCCGAACCUGACCGCUCCCGCCACUCCGCACAUCCUCUACGGCGGCUCGUACGCCGGAGGGCUCGUGGCCAUGGCCCGCAAGCUGUAUCCCGACGUCUUCUGGGGCGCCAUCUCGUCGUCGGGCGUGACCGAGGCCAUCGACGACUUCUGGCAGUACUUUGAGGCCAUGCGGCACUUUGCCCCCGGCGACUGCUCGCCGACCAUGCAGAAGCUGACGGCCGUUGUCGACAAGCAGCUCCUCAGCGGCAGCAAGGACAAGGAAGACGAGGUCAAGUCCCUGUUCCGCCUGCGCGGGCUCUGGAACGACGAGUUUGCGGGCGUGCUCACGGACCUGCUGCCCUCGCUCCAGGGUACCAACUGGGACCCGGCCGAGGAUUCGACCGACUUUGGAACCUUUUGCGCAGUCAUCACCUCGGACUCGGUCCUGUUCCCCAGCACCCGUCAUCUGGCGGCGCGGGUGCGGAGCGCCGUCACCGCAGCCGGAUACGGCAGCGAGCCGCUCACCUCGCGCAUGCUCAACUACAUUGGCCUGGUCAGAGACGCCGUCACGCGGGCACGAUCUUCAUGCAAGGCGAACAAGACUACUCGCGAAUGCUUUUCGGAUCGCUUCCAGGAAGAUGCCCAUUCCCGCCGCGAUGGGCGGGCGCUGAGCUGGCUGUACCAGACCUGUACCGAAUGGGGCUACUUUUUCAGCGGAGAGUCCGUCCCCGAGGACCGGCUGCCGCUCGUUUCGCGCGCCCUCACCGCCGAGUACAGCUCGUACAGGUGCAGGUCGAUGCUCAACAUCACCACCCGCCCCGACGUCGGCGUCAUCAACAAGCACGGCGGCUUCGGCCUCCGGUACCCCCGGCUCGCCUUCAUCGACGGCAGGCAGGACCCGUGGCGAGCGGCCGGGCCCCACGCGAUCGGUCUGCCGGGCAGGAAGUCGACGCCCUCGGAGCCGUUUGAGCUGCUCGACUGGGGCGUGCAUCACUGGGACGAGAACGGCGCGGAUGCGGGCGACGAUGCCUACGGGGAGGAAGGGCUGCCGCCGAAGCAGGUUGUCGACAUGCAGAGGAGGGAGGUCGACAUGGUGGUCGGGUGGCUGAAGGAGUUUGAGAAACGACGCGGGGUUCCUGAGCUUUAG